AUGUCCUGUGAGAAAACCGUGUGCGCUGAGCCGUGCUCUGCCCCGUGCGGCCCCGAGCCCCGCGCGGCUGCCUGCAACGAGCCCUGCGUCAUCGCCUGCCCGGACUCCCGAGUCAUCAUAUUCCCACCUCCCGUGGUGGUGACCUUCCCAGGACCCAUCCUCACCACCUACCCACAGGAAACCGUCGUGGGCUCCACGGAGUCAGCCGAGCUGGCUGGCGCCUUAGAGGCUGGCGUGGCAAUUGGUUCGGGUCAGAAGGGUGUUGAGUGCCUGGAGCCCUGCGUUGACCGGUGUGCCCCGAAGAUCGUGACGAAGUGCGAGCCCCAGUGUGCUCCUCAGUGUGCUCCUGCAUGUGUAACCCAGUGUGUUCCUCAGUGUGCUCCACCGUGUCCUCCUCCAUGCCCUCCUCCAUGUCCUCCUCCAUGCCCUCCUCCAUGUCCUCCUCCAUGUGCCACUAAGUGUGCUCCACCGUGUCCCCCUCCGUGUGCUCCCCAGUGCGUGCCAGAGUGCUCCUACACCUAUUCCACCCGCUGGAAGCAUCCUUGCCAGAGGGGUUUCUGUAAGAAGAUCUAA